GGCAAACACCGGUUCAUUUUCUUUUCCUCAUCACCAACGACGAACACGACGAAUACGAAGGCGCUCCUUCCGUGAUGUUUUUCUGUGCGAUAUCUGGAGAGGUUCCUCAGGAUCCGGUGGUGUCUUCCAAGUCUGGAAAGGUGUAUGAGCGACGCCUCAUCGUCAAGUACAUUACGGAGAACGGCACUGACCCCAUCACUGGCGACAAGUUGGAGGAGGCGGAUCUCAUCUCUAUCAAGGCCUCUCCAAACAGUGCUCCCCCUCGACCACCCACCCAAACUUCCAUCCCAGCGUUGCUGCAUAGCCUGCAAAACGAGUGGGAUGCAAUCAUGCUCGAGACCUGGGCGUUGAAGCAGCAGUAUACCAACGUGCGACAGGAACUCAGUCACGCCCUUUACCGCGACGAUGCUGCGACUCGCGUUGUUGCGCGUCUCAUUCGAGAGCGAGAUGCGGCUAGAGAGGCUCUCGCUAACGUUCAAGCAAGCAUGGGUAUUUCAGCGCCGAUUGACAGCGCGACCGACGUUGAGAUGGCAGAGAGCGGUGCUGAAAACGGGAUGCCCAAGGCUAUCGUCGACCAAAUUACUGAGACCUACCAAGCACUAUCCUCUACGCGUAAAAAGCGAAAGGCGCCUAUUGGCUACGUCUCACCUGCCGAUGUCAAAACAUUUACCGCCAAACACACCAUUCCUUCCCUCCAUUCAGCUUCUCCCGCAGGCAUCACUACUUUGGCCGUGUCGUGCUCGUCACCUUCCCAGUUCCUGACCGGGGGGAAUGACAAGAUUGUUCAGCUUUAUGACAGAAGCACGGACAAGGUGCUGGCUUCGUUGAAAGGCCACACUAAAAAGGUUACCCACGUCGCGUUCCGGGAGCGCGAAGGCGACCCUACUAUGCUACUCUCAGCCGGUGCCGACAAGAUCGCCAAAAUCUGGGCGUACGACACGGCUUCCCAGGAAUACAUUCCCAAAUCGACUGUUCGCACUCACAAAGGAGAGCUCACAGGCCUGUUCGUGCAUCCCACCUCCACCCUCCUUGCUCUUUCAUCGACGGAUAAAACCUUCUCCAUCCAUGACCUUACAAAUUUUACACAAGUCUAUCGCUCCUUGAGCGCCGAUGAGGGAUUCACUUCGCUGUCUAUACACCCGGACGGAACUCUCAUCGGUUUGGGUACGGCUACCUCGACCAUUCAAAUAUAUGACAUCCGUGUGAGCGCAAUCGCUGCAACACUGACUCCCAGCAAUGCAGUUCCCUUCACAAUUAAUACCCUCUCAUUCUCUGAGAACGGUUAUCACCUUGCAGCUCCCAAUGCUUCGUCGUCGGUCGGGAUUUGGGAUUUGCGUAAGCAGAAGGUUACGCAAAGUAUUGUUUUGGAAGAUGACUUCAAAAUAAACAAGCUGCAAUACGAUAUGAGUGCGCAGUUCUUGGGUGUUGCAGGAAGUGCUGGGGGCAGAAUUUAUGCACAUAAAUCAUGGGAGGAGUUGGUCCGGCUUGAGGAGGGAGGGGAGAUCUCGGACUUCACUUUUGGCGAGCUGGGUACUGAAAUUUGGGGAGCUACAGGUCGGGAAGUGCGUGUAUGGGGUUUACCUACUUAGUGCGAUCCAUUUCUUCAUUAUCUACUACCUGGUGUAUCAUAUCUCCAAAGACUGUUGUAUGGUCAUGGCACACAGGGGCAACAAAGGAUUGAGGUUUACGUCAAAAUCCGAAUAAGAGGCCUUCGCUUGCCAACGAGAACGGUGGCAUUAAGGACCAAAAAGGAGGUUUUGAUCAUUUCUAGUCAAAAAACCGCGAAGUUACUCUAGGAAUUUCUCUUCUCCCCAGGAAUCCGGACAAUUUUUCUGUGGCAGCACAAACCGUCAAAAAGGCCAAAAUGAGCGUUGUUGUCCAUCCAUUUCGAGAUCGCACAACUAUCGUGACAACUUAUUGUCAUUCAUGA